AUGUUAUGGGAUGAUUUUAUUAGUAGUGGUAAUGUUAAUUAUGUAUUUCAGGCUCCUGAUACUUUUCAUUUUUUAGCUAGCGAAGAAAGUGUCAAGUAUGAUCUAAUGGAAAUUGGGCUCAAAAUUGAUCCGGAUUUCUUCAAUGUCGUUAUCGAAUUUUCUCAUAUAGUCCAAACAACAGUUACUGGUACUCAAAGCUGGGAAGAAUUUGCGCAAUUAAUGGCACAGAGAUAUUUUGACAAAUACAGGGCAAAACCUCAUUGGGCAAAAAGAUGGGAAUUUAUUCCAAAUCUGAAAUCUUAUCUUUCUGAUGUUUUAUCUGAUCAAAUUAAACAAUUCGAGAAAGUACGUGCAAAAUACGAUCCUGAUAAAAUUUUCUUUGAUAAUAAAUCUUUACAAGAUAUUUUAGUAGUGCUUUAA